CUUCAAUUGACAUCCGAGUCGUUGUCACCUCCUUGGCUUCAAACCACACCAUUUACUUUCUAUGGCGUCCACCCUGUCAGCUGAGGAUUUAUUGCGCUCAGCGACGCAAGGAUUUGAUCAUCUGUUUGCAAAUGAUAUCGAUGCAGCCCAGAAGGCGUUUGAAUCUGAGGACGCUCCCUUCCACUUAUUAGGACUUGGCGUCGUUGCAUUUUUGCAGGCAGCCCUUGGUAUGGAGACGGGUCUAAUGGACGAAGCUACUCGCUGCCUUACAGCUUCGGAAGCAGGCGCCAAGAAACAAGCACGGGCGGCAAAAUCAUUACCCUCGAUCCAUCGAUUCGACGCUGGAAUGGAGUGGGAAGUCAUGCAUGCCGAUGCUGUCGUUCUACUUGGCCUGACUCAUGCACUGAGCGAGUCAUACCGGGGCUACCUGCAGUGUGUGUAUGAACUUAACAGUGCCCAUUCCAAAUUUAACAAACUCUUCAAGACUGUUUACCCAAAUGGUCUCCAGUCCUACGCAACUCCCGCAACAACCCCUCUACCAUCGCGUAGAGGCUCUGAUAGAAGUUUGCGUUCUUCAGCAAUACAAUCUAAGCCAACUACCGCGUCUAAGUCAGGCUUCUUUAGCAGGUGGUUCGCUCCGCCGGCUUCAGUCGCCGCCCCAGGGACAAUCACAAAUCCGCCAAGCGGGCCCGUCGAGGAACUCGUAUUGUCCGGAACUGCGUUUGGAUAUGGGUUAUUUAACCUAGUGCUUUCUCUCCUACCUGCAAAGAUUAGGAAUGUUGUCGGCUUUUUUGGCUUCAAUCACGAUCGCAUGCUAGCUCUACAGGCUCUUGCUGUUUCUGCCGCAAGGAGUGAUAUUCAUUCUGUAUUUGCUGGGUUGGUUCUUAUGACCUAUCACGGAGUUGUUCUUCUUCUUUCUGGGUAUCAGGCCGAUGAGGCGCACAUUAUCAAACAGUAUAAGGCAAUAGUUUCAAGAGUAGAUGGCCGAUACCCUGAUGGUUCCUUGUGGAUUCUGAAUAAGGCAAAGAUACAGCGCAUGACAUAUGACACCGAAGGCGCGAUUGAGACCUUGAGGGAUGGCUUGAAGCCUGAGAGGAAAAAAUCCUUCCCUCAAGCUGACACAUUGCUCACAUUUGAGUUGGCCUGGACGCUCCUUUCCCAUCGUCGCUAUGAAGAAACGGCAAAGCAGUUCCUGGACAUUACUAAACUCAAUAGCUGGAGUCACGCGACAUACUACUUCAUUGCAGCUGGCUGCUACUUCUCAUUGAAAGAUCACAAUAGAGCUCAGAAGCUUUUGGACAAAAUUCCCGACCAGCUCGACAAACGGAAGCUUUCAGGUAGAGAUAUGCCAACAGAAAUCUUCAUUAAGAAAAAGCUGGCUUUCUACAAGAGAAAACAGGCUCGCCUCGGAGGAGAUGAGAAUCGAUUUGUAGAGGCUAUAAGGAUCAGUCCCGCAGAAGAAAUUGCUAUUUUCUGGAAUACCCACGCACGUAUUGAGAGCUCCAUCGCCAUAGCGCAUAUCCAAGAGUGGUCCUCGCUGACCCCAGCUAUCACUGAUAUCGAGAGCAAGUAUCUGGCGACAUCAGUUCCAAAGACUGAAAACGAUGACCUCGAUACUGUUGACGAGCUUGCAAUACGCUCACUUCUCCUCGGCAUCGUUCAUCGUACUCUCGCAGAAUAUGCAGCUGCGCGCGCAUUCCUCCUCGAUGCGCUAAAGAGGGCCCCUGAUGUCGAAAUCAGCUCAUGGGUUGGGGGUGUCUCCGCCUUCGAGCUCGCCGUGCUCGAUUUGAAGGAGGCAGAAGUGAGGGGAGCAGACAUGAAGCCAGAGGAAGCCAUGGCGAUGUGGGAAGGCGUGCUCGCGGGCGCCAGCGAGAAAUUAGACCAAGCAUACGCAAUGUCCACAAAGCAGACGGACCUGUCGUCGAGGCUUGAUAGCCGAAUUGUCAUGCUCAGGGAUGAGAUUUUCGACAAGCGUGGAUUGCUCGGGCUUCCUACGUGAGACGAAACAGCGUUGUACAAUAUGCAUACACUAUCGAUGUUUUAUGAUACGCAUUUCGGACUCUGCACUUGGUUGAUAUGCACCGUGUUAUCUAAAUUCCCUUGAAUGGCCCCCGACUCUGGCGUCGUGAUCGUUUCACAGACCUCCAUCCCAAUGUCCAUAGCAUAGAAACUAAAGCAAAUGGAGGGAAAAGCCAACUGA